AUGGUUAAAAAAACAGUAAAUAAAAUUGAUAAAAAUGCUAAUAUAUUUAGUGUUUUAGAUACAUCAGAUGAUGACAAUGAAUACAUUGCAAAAGAAAUUCCGGUAGAGCCACCAAAAACCGAAAUUGGAACUAAAAACAACGCUAUCCAAAAGAAACAACCAAAAACUGAAACCAAAUCAAAAAAAGAAAAAAUUACUUCCACCACCUCCAAAUCAUCACCAAAAUCAUCAACUCCAUUAACAACCACAACUAAUAAUAGUAAUAAUAAUAUUAAUAAUAGUAGUUCAUCAAAAAAUGAAGAAAAAACCAAAUUAAAAAAAAUUGAAAAUGAAAUCAAUACUAUUGUAUUUCCAUUUGAAAAACUUAUUGGUUAUGUUUCAUCUAGAUUAAUUGCAUUGGCCCUAUUCUUCUUUUUAUGCUUUCAAAUUAAAGAAUAUGUUUUUCCAAUCUUCAAAAACAACUCUAGAAAUAAAAUCAUAUCAGUAAUUAAAACACAACAAGAUUUAAGAAAAGAAAAAGAAACAUUAUCAACCAAAUUAAAGGAAACAAUGGGCUUUUUUGGAUUCAUUGGACAUUUAAUUUUUUUAUUAAUUAAAACUCCUUUCCUCAUUCUCUUCACUUUACUUAAAUUAGUUUUCCACCCAAUUUCAUUUUUAGUUCUUUUAAUUUCACUCUACCUCUAUUAUACUUCAUUAUCAGAUAAAAAAGAUUUACCACAAAGUGUUCAAAACUUUGCUCCAGUAUUCAGACCAACUGGUAAAAAUAUCAAUGGUACAAGAGGUGCUAAAGGUGUUAAAACAAGUAAAUAA